AGGCGAAUAAACCUGAGUGCACAUUGACGUUUGAGUUCAAGUGUUUAUUAUUCACAGAGAAGUAAGAUGUCGAAUGCGGCAUUGAUGAGCUGCCUUGAUGACUGGAAAGACCUGGAGAAAGAAUAUGCACAGUUAGAGACUGACCACAAGACCUAUGUGAAGCAGCUGGAGGAGAUGACUGCUACGCAGAAAAAAUGUCUAGCCAGCAUCGCCCACCACAGGUAUCGCAUGAAGCGCAUUCAGGAUUCAGUGAAGAGAGCUGGGAAAGAAUUUUCGGAAGAGGAAGUUGAGUCCCUACAGAAGCUCCAAGCAUCAGUGCAGGAGAGGAAGAUUACCUUCCGGGAGAUGGAGGAGGUGCUCCCCCACAAGAAUGGGUUCUACUUGAGCAUCAUCCUUGGUCAGGUGAACGUCUCCCUGCUCAACAAGAACGACAAAUACGACUACAAGCAUGAAUAUGAGAGGUUCAAACUCACAGUCAGCUACGUGAUAAUGAUCCUCGCACUGGCCAUGACAUUCGUCACAGAGUACAGGUGGAUCGAUGCAGUCCUCAACUUCCUGUUGGUGUGGUACUACUGUACACUGACCAUCAGGGAGAGCAUCCUUGUCGUCAAUGGAUCCAGAAUAAAAGGCUGGUGGCUCACCCAUCAUUUCGUGUCAACUGUCUGUGCAGGAAUAAGUUUAAUUUGGCCAACGGGAUGGACAUAUCAACAAUUUAGACGACAAUAUAUCAUUUUCACUUUGUAUAUAAGUUUUGUGUAUGUGAUGCAGUAUUACUACCAGAGUGGCAGCUUGUACCGUCUGAGGACACUGGGACAGAGGCACGACAUGGACAUCACCGUCGAGGGGUUCAUGUCCUGGAUGUGGAAGGGCAUGACGUUCCUCCUCCCCUUCCUGUUUGGUGGCUAUAUCUUCCAGCUGUACAAUGCUGUUGUUCUCUUUAUGCUGUCUCGAGAACCUCAGUGCAAAGAAUGGCAGGUGAUAGUACUGUCCAUCAUUCACUUCCUGCUCUUUGCUGGCAACACGAUCACAACACUGAUGGUCAUACGGCAGAAAGUGAAGAAAGAUGGACUGAAUCUCACAUUCUUACAAAACAAGUAUCGCUUCACAUCUCACCUGAAGAGCAACUGAACGUCACUGACUAGGAAUCCAGUACAUUGAGUGUUUCUGUUUGUGCCAGUGUCAUGCUGCGUGCAGCCUGGUCCAUUGUAUCCUCAUUGUAGUGUGUCUCAGUUGAUGUAUGUAGUAGCGUGAAAGUGAUCACGCCAUAUUGAACUGAUUAUCAGUCUGGAAGUCAGUAAUAAUGUGAUUUCACAGAGUCUUGUAUGACUGAUCAUGCGGUAUCAUCU